AACGCAUCAAACACCGGGUCUAAAUAAACACAUGACUUAUAGUUUUCCAGUAAUAUAAUAUUUGUUUUAACAAUUAGUUCGACAUAGUUUAUGAGGAUAAAAGGAGCACACGUUCCUAUCAUCUUUUAAGGAUAACAAUCCAGUUGUAUUAUUAAGGAUAUCAAAUACGAGAUAAAGGUUAUGGAAGGCAAUGAAGUUGUAAUGCAAGUAGAAGGACAAGCUGCAGAAGCGGCGGAAGAAAUAGAAGAAGCUGAGGAGGCAGAGGAAAAUAUGCAUGACGAUCCUCCUAAUAAUAAUGUGCAAGGUGACGCGGAAAAACAUAUACAUGCUGGAAGUUCACAGGAAGCAAUUAUGACAGAUACAAAUUUAAAUGAGUCAAAUGUUGAAGACUCUGAUCAGGCAUGCCCAAUUUGCAUGGAGCAGUGGACUAGCUCAGGGGAGCACCGUUUGUGUUGUUUACGAUGUGGACAUUUGUUUGGACACAGUUGUAUCUUGAAGUGGCUACAAUGUUCCAUAAGCACAAAUCGACGUUGCCCGCAAUGCAACAAGAAAGCUCUGGUAAAGCAUAUUAGGUUUUUAUAUGCGAGAAAACUGUCGUCUAAAGAUACCGGUGAAUUAGAGAAAAUGAAAAAAGAUUUGCGUAAUGUGACGGCUGAAAAGAAACGCACGCAGACGGAAUUAUUACAAUGUAACAUUCGCCUGAAAAUUUACGAGGAAAGAGUGGUUAGGUUGAAAAGUCGCAUUACCGAACUGGAAAACUACCGGGCGGAAAUGAAUAUUCUCAUAAAUCAAAACGCUCCGAACUUCUCCGCUAAAAAGUUUCAUCCGGAACGAUCUAUAGAUAUCUGCAAAGAUGGUGAAUGCCGUGUGCUAAAUUAUAAUCCAUGGUACAACAUUCUGGUUGUUUCCCAAAAAGCAUCUACGAACGUCAUAUUCAAAGGGUAUGGCGUGAGGAGAAUCGAUCCUAUAAACUUCCAGGCGCGGCAAUUUAUCUUUUUACACAGUAACGCUAUAAGAGAUUUAACGUUUCAUUCUAUGCAACCGUCGCUCCUUCUGAGCGUUGGCUUUGACAAGUGUGCGAAGUUAAUGGACAUUCAGAAUAAUAUGAUACUGCAUACAUUCCAAACAGAAAGCCCGCUUUGGAGUUGUUGUUGGUCAGGCGAUAACUCGAACCUUCUAUUAGUUGGCGCUCAAAAUGGAUCUAUCACUCGGUUUGAUAUCAGACAAAUUUCUAGUCCCGUCGACACCUUGGGUGGCCAGAGCGACAGAUCACCGGUUGUAUCUAUGGCGACAGUACAACCGAAUCCGGGCAGUGGUAUUAGUCGAGGCGGAUUCAUAGCGUGUCGGUUGAACACGUGUUGUGUGUAUGAAUCUAAGAAUUCCGGUUAUUUGCCUAAACAGGUAUUCUUAGAAGGCCCCUUUAUUUCGGUGUGUUACGACGAAAAAAGUAAACACGCCCUUAUAUCGUCCCGUCCUAGUGUUGGACAACCACACGCAAGACACGCGGUGUGUACCAUGGAAAAAGGUAGCGAAGAGGUAAUCAUGUGUAGCGUUGUGCAUACGUUCAAUGCUGGUAAUUCUCAAAAGCUCUUGUCCCGACCAUGUUAUGUAUAUGCGGAGAACGAUACGUUAGUAGCGGCACAUCAAGAAGAAACCCGCAAAAUAUCAAUAUGGAGUGUAAAAAGCGGUAAACAGUUGCAAGUACUUCCAGUCUCAGAUCCUGUUUUGGGUCUAUGUUCGUUUACAGUUCAUAAUGACCUAUUGUUAGCAAGCCUCUCCACGAAGAAACUUAAACUAUACAAAUAUUGACAGAUAGGAUGCGCAUAAAGCUCAGAAAUAUGUACAAAGUAAUAUGUAGCUCAGUAAACAUCAAUCAAUAGUAACGUUAUACAACAAUGUUAUAAUUUCCCGCUCACCGAUAUAAUUUAUAUAUA